AUGACCGAAACAAGCUUAUCAGACCUGUUGAAGAAGACCUCUUUGGACCUGGCCCCUUACGAGGAUCUUUACAAAUACUUUCACUUGCAUCCAGAGCUCUCGCGCCAGGAGAAAUCUACAUCCGAAAAGGUCGCAGCCCAUCUGGCCGGAUUGAAGGUCUUUGACAUCCACACAAAUAUCGGAGGCUAUGGUCUAGUAGGAGUGUUCAGAAACGGUCCUGGGAAGACCGUCCUCCUGCGGGCAGAUAUGGACGCGCUUCCAGUCAAGGAGCUUACCGGGCUCCCCUAUGCGAGCUCCGUGACUAUGCGCGACGCCGACGGCAUUGAGAAACCCGUGAUGCAUGCCUGCGGACAUGAUAUGCACAUGACCUGUCUACUCGCCGCGGCUGAGACGCUCGUGAAGAUGCAGGACGCAUGGAGCGGGACUUUGAUCGCACUGUUUCAGCCCGAUGAAGAACGGGGUGGAGGCGCGCAGGCGAUGGUUGACGAUGGGCUUUACUCAAAGAUCCCCCUGCCAGACUAUGUCUUUGGUCAGCACGUUAUGCGAAUGCGUGCAGGCAGCAUUGGGUCACGUCCCGGUACCAUCAUGGCUGCUGCCGACAGCAUGAAGAUCACUGUAUUUGGGCGUGGUGGUCACGGUUCACAGCCACAUCAGACAGUGGAUCCUGUUCUUUUAGCCGCUCACAUUGUCGUGAGACUGCAGAGCAUCGUGAGCAGAGAGAUUGACCCCAGUGAUCUUGCUGUCUUGACUGUCGGCAGUCUCCAAGCUGGCCAGACGGAAAAUAUCAUUGCGGACAGGGCUGAACUUGGGGUCGAUUUCCGGAGUGCCAAACUGGAGACUCGUGAAAAGCUCAUCUCUGCUAUCAAACGCAUCGUCGAGGCCGAGUGCGUGGCAAGUGGUUCGCCCAAACCACCGGUGUUCACUCCGACAAGACGGUUCCCGCCCACCACAAAUGACAACAGCCUGGCAUCUCAAGUGGCUGUAUCAUUCGAUAGUCACUUUGAGAGCUUCGACGGUGAUACACCGAGAACGAAUGUCAGCGAGGAUUUUUCCACGCUGGCUACCUGCCGAGGUCUUCCGAGCUGCUUUUGGCUCACUGGGUGUAUUGAUCCAGAAGUUUGGGAUAAGGCGCAAAGCUCGGGAGAAGAGAUUCCUGGGAAUCACUCGGCUCUAUUUGCACCGGUUAUACAACCAACAAUGAAGGUUGGAGUGGAUGCGCUGUGCCUCGCAGCUUUGACAUUUUUGAAAAAGUAG